UGGAAAGUGAAAAUUGCAGAAGGAAGAGGGAUCGGAGUUUGGUGCUUUGAGGCCUGCAUGAUGUCUUGCUUUUUCCAAAAUCUUUCUAACAAAUACAGAUCCGGGCAGGGAAGAAAAAGUAUUGAAGAGGAGCAGUUACGCCAGUGGGGGUUGACAGGUAUUCACCUGCGUCCCUAUCAGAUGGAAGGUGUAAACUGGCUGAUACGCUGCUAUGAAACUGGGCAUGGCUGCAUUCUGGGUGAUGAAAUGGGACUAGGGAAGACUUGUCAGACUAUUUCUCUGCUUGUUUUUUUGAGUGGGAAGCUUCAUAGAAGGCCUUUUUUGAUCCUUUGCCCUCUCUCUGUGUUAAACAACUGGAAGGAUGAACUAGAAAGGUUUUCUCCAAGCCUUUCCAUUGUGAUAUAUUCAGGAGACAAAGAAGAAAGAGCCAAACUACAACAGGAUUUGAAAUCAAAUCAUGGUUUCCACAUUCUGCUGACUACUUAUGAGAUGUGCCUCAAGGAUGCAGCAUUUCUAAAACGUUUUAACUGGACGUGUCUUGUUGUGGAUGAAGCUCAAAGACUGAAGAAUCAGGAUUCAUUGCUUCAUAAAACUCUCUCUGAGUAUUCAACAGAUUUCAGUCUCCUGCUCAGUGGUACUCCAAUUCAGAACAGUCUUCAAGAGUUAUAUUCCAUGCUUGCUUUUAUUGAACCAGUUGUAUUUCCCAAGGAACUGGUGGAAGAAUUUGUUUGCUAUUACCAUGGAAUUGAAAAAGACAGUGAAACAGUCAAAGAACUUCACAGUCUGUUGCAGCCUUUGUUGCUCAGGAGAGUGAAGGCAGAAGUUGCAGAAGAAAUUCCAAAGAAGGUCGAAGUAGUUCUCUACCAUGGAAUGUCGGCACUACAGAAAAAACUUUAUAAGGCUCUUCUCAUGAAAGAUACAGACGCAUUUGAAAGAAACAAAGCUAAACUCCAAAAUGUGUUGAUUCAACUCCGGAAAUGUGUGGCUCAUCCAUAUCUAUUUAAUGGUGUUGAACCAGAGCCCUUUGUCAUUGGAGAUCAUCUCAUUGAAGCCAGUGGUAAACUGAAUUUGUUGGAUAAGCUUCUUUCUUUCCUGUAUGAUGGUAAGCAUCGUGUCCUGUUGUUUUCACAAAUGACCCAAAUGUUAGAUAUUUUGCAAGACUACAUGGAUUAUAAAGGUUACAGCUAUGAGCGCCUAGAUGGAUCUGUCCGAGGUGAAGAGAGGUAUCUUGCCAUUAACAACUUUGGUCAGCAGCCUGUUUUUGUUUUUCUUCUGAGUACUAAGGCAGGUGGAGUUGGUAUGAAUCUUACAGCAGCAGAUACAGUUAUUUUUGUUGACAGUGAUUUUAAUCCACAAAAUGAUGUGCAAGCAACAGCAAGAGCCCACAGGAUUGGCCAGAAGAAACCAGUAAAAAUUAUCCGCUUGAUUGGGAGAGACACUGUAGAAGAAAUUAUCUACCGACGAGCAAUAUCAAAACUCCAACUAACUAAUACCGUUAUUGAAGGGGGACAGUUUGCACUUGGAGCACACAAAACUCAGGACAUAGCGGAUGUUCAGCUAAAUGAAAUCCUGAAGUUUGGUUUGGACAAAUUAUUGUCAUUGGAAGGGAGUACUGUCUGUGAUAUAGACCUGGGAAGUAUCCUUGGGGAGACAAGAGAAGGAAUAUGGUUAAUGGAUCCAGUGCAGUCAAUCACAGAAAUAAACGAAGAGCAAACUUUGGAAAGCCACAUGUACAUAUUUGAGGGCAAAGACUAUUCCAAGGAGGCUAGCCAAGAUGACAAGAAGGCUUAUGAUCAUUUGCUAGGACUUCAGAAAGUUCUCCUUGAAGACUUCAGUCAAGGAGAAAGAAUUCUCAGAAAUAAAGAAAAUGUUCUUCUCAUGACUGUUCAUAUGGGACCUAGUACAAAAAGGCGUAAACUGAGCCCAGAAGAACUGGAAGUUCGGCAGAGAAAACUGCAGGAGGCAGCAGCAAAGAGGGCCAGGCUCAGAGAAGAAAAGAGGCAGAGGGCAGCAGAGACUGAACAGCAGAAAAAGAUAGCCUUGUGGGAAGCCAAUCACUAUCAGUCUUGCUGCCUUGGGUCAGAAGAAAGCAGUGAGGAGGAAGAGGAAGUACAGGAAAAGAGUCAGCUGGAUUUAGAAUGUACAGACCCUGAAGUGACGUCUAUUAAGUAUAUUAUGGGUGAUGUUACCCACCCUAUAGUAGAAGAUGAAGAUGCCAUAAUUGUCCACACUGUAGAUGAUUCUGGCCACUGGGGAAGAGGUGGUUUAUUCACAGCUCUGGGGAAUCGUUCUGACAAACCAAAGAAAAUAUAUGAGCUGGCAGGAAAGAUGAAAGACCUGACAUUAGGAGGAACUCUCUUAUUCUGCAUUGACGAUAAGGAAUCCAGGAAUAAAGGAACGGAUUUGCUGGCCCUUAUUGUAGCACAGCACCGGGACCAUUCAAACAACUUGUCUGGAAUUAAGCUCCCUGCAUUAGAAGAGGGAUUAAAGAAAAUUUAUCGAGCAGCCAAGAAAAAAAAUGCAAGCAUUCACCUUCCUCGCAUUGGUUAUUCAACUAAAGGCUUUAAUUGGUACGGAACAGAACGCCUCAUUCGCAAAUACUUGGGAUCCAGAGGAAUUCCCACAUUUGUGUAUCCUUACACAUCAUACGUUGCUCGAAAUAGUGGUUGUAUCUGUAUUCUUUCCCAGGGAAUUAAGAUUUUCCAAGAACCAGAUUACAGUGCUUUGAUAAUUAAUUGCCUUUACUUUUUCUUCAUUAAAUCCCUUGCCUAAUAGUUUCGGAAACCAGGCAAAGAUGUAUAUUGAAACAAUGGAACUUCUGAGUGAAGAUCUAGGAGACUUACUGAGACAUGAAGAACUGGGUAUUUUGCUGAUACAGAAAAUCCAGAUUGAUUCCUUUCCCCUUUAGGUCAUAUAUUUCUUCAUGCAAAAACAUGAGUCGCAUUUCAACUUGGAGAUCUGGAAGAACUGUGUGUGACGGUUCUUUUAAUUGGUUUGAAGGAAAGGCUUUUGAAGUCAGUCCUAUAAAUGUUAAUUACAGUUGAGCAAAUGUAUUCACAGCAGGCUUGUCUGGUUCAAUUUUUUUUCUGCAUUUCUGGUGAGAGCAAACACUCAGGAGGCAAAAUAAUGGAGCUUAUAACUAAAAUUGUACUUUAAAAAUUCAAGCUAUUGGGUAACAUGGUUGCCAUGCCCUUUGAACAUGGACCUAUUCAUCUGUCUGGGAACAGGAACACUAUGUGAUUUUACAUAGUUGAUACAUUCCCAGAGACAUUCCUGGAAGAUAGUUGUCUUCUUGAGUGUAAAAAGAGAACAUGGAAGCCCUUCCUCCCAAAUCACCUGAUUCUUUUUUUUAACAUGGGAAUUGUCAAAGGCCAUCCCACAAUCUUUGCUAAGAAACAAACUCUAGUGAAGAUUUUGGGAUUGUGCCCUGCCCUCAUAUUUGCAAAAACAAAAAAAAAAGUAUAAUGUUAGGUGAUGCUUAUUCUCAAAUUAGUGGAAGCGACUCCGUGACAGGCACUGGAUAUAAUGGGGUAUCUUACUACUUGAGUUAAAGUAAUAACUUCCGGCAAUUCCUUAACUUUUUUCUUCAGAUACUACUUUCCAAGAAAGCAUCAUCAUCACAAGAAUCCACAGUAGCAACACUACAACCUUAAAGAUUUUCAAUUAUUAAGCAGAAAUUGCCAUUUUCAGGGGAUAAGCACAUCUACAGCACGCUAAUUUUCAUGCAGUUUUCUUAAUUUUUGUUUUUAAGUAGAAUUGUAUUUUAUAGUUCUGGGUACUUUCUAUAUUAAUGGGGCCAGUUCUGCUUUAGAAAGAAUAUCCAAAGCUUCAGGGAUGAUCUGAAAAAGUGAGUUAAGUGAAACUUGAUAAAAAAGAGUGAUUGCACAAUAAAAGAAUUAUCUGAAAGCACUGUAGAAGCAUUUAGAUGAAUUGCGGAGCCUUUCAGUUUUACUACUUGAUUAUAUGGGGCUAUUAGUUCAGGGUUUUUUAAACUCUUCAGAUCAUUUGAAAUGGAGAGAAUAUAUUUAACAUAUUUUAAAUAAACAGUAUACAUUGUCUUGGGUUACAAGUGAUACUUGGAGGGGCAGUGUUGUAGUUUACAGAAUAAGCAUUAUUUCUAAAGGCUAAUUAAAAUGCUGUGGACGCAGCUGUUGCAAUAUUUGUAAGCACCUAUCUGCUAAAUGGUGCCAAUUAUGUGGAUGUUCUUUUUCCCAACAGCAAGAAGACAGUAAGUGGUGCAAUCAAACCUA